UUAAAGGGCUGGAGACUGAUCGCUCAGGUAACGCGAGCCCUGGACUUUUCUCUUAUUUUCAGUGCCUUUGCAACGAUUGUCAUUUGUUAAAUUUUAAUCCUGUUUUGGAUUUUUGUUUUGCUUGUUGUUUUUUUUCUUGUUUGUUUGUUCCUCCCCCACUCCCAUAGCUUUUGGCUGCUCCUUUCCGUUUAGAUCCUUGUUACAGGCGACUCCAGUGCGACUAACUUCAAAUGAAUAAGCAAAGCAACCUUCUCCUGUUUCUCAUGGUCAACCAUUGACCAAACAAACUUAAUCAAGAUUGAAGUAAUCGAGUAAACAACAGCAACAACACUGAUUCGGCCGUGGAACGUUCCCGGGAGGGAAGCAUUGUGACGUCAGCGCACCUACUAAUCCUCCCAAUUGAGGGGGAGCCUGGAGCCAUGAGGUCAUCGCAGCGGCCAAUGUAGCCAUCCGGGCGGCGGCGGCGGCGGCGGGGGAGGGGAGAGCAGAGCAGAGCGGAGCAGAACGGACAGCCGGCCCAAGCCAGGCGGACUGGGAGCCUGCCGCCGCGCUCCAGCUGUACUGAGGCGGACGCCGAGCUCCUGCAAGCAUGGAGGAGGCUGAGGCGAAGGAGCUGCAGGUCGGCUCCUGGCUACCCGUGCUGGUGGAGCAGAUGGUGAACGACACGUUGGUGGUCACCUUGAGCUGCGGGGAGAGGCGCUUCACUGGGAUUCUCCUAGACUGCACUAAAAAGUCUGGGUUGUUCUGUCUUCCACCACCUUCGUUGCCAAAGCAAGAGGAACUUCCUGCAGCUGCUUGCGCUAACUGGGUUCCUGAAGACAGACAGCCUGUGAAGGGUGAGACUGAGUCACAGUUCUCUAGUGAAAAACCUCCUAAAGGAAACAAUGAUGAACAGGUUCCUCCUCUUUUGCCACCUCCAUCACCAGGCAGUGUUCCUCCUUACCCUCCCUAUUUUGAGGGAGCUCCGUUUCCUCCUCCCUUAUGGUUAAGACACACAUAUAACCAAUGGGUUCCUCAGCCACCACCAAGGACUAUAAAGAGGACAAAAAGACGGUUAUCACGAAAUAGAGACCCAGGAAGGCUCAUCAUGAGCACUAUUAGACUGAGGCCCAGGCAGGUGCUCUGUGAAAAAUGUAAAAACACUCUGAACCCCGAGGAAGCGAACAAGGCCAGGCAAAACGCUAAAACAAGGAGAAAGCUAAGCAUUCAGGACAAGGAGAAAAAAAAUCACAGUGAUUCUGAUUAUGUAGAGAAAAGGAAUAAAAGAGAAAAGAGGGAGGGAGACAAAUUUUCUGGGGAAUUAGUGCAUCGAACUCCAGUUAUAAAAAUAUCCUACAGCACACCACAAGGUAAAGGUGAAGUUGUGAAAAUUCCUUCCCGGAUUCAUGGCUCAGUUAAACCGUUUUGUCCACAGCGGAUAUUGCAGAAUGGAGGGGAGGACCAAGAGGUGAACAGAGACUCUGAACGAUAUCAGGAAACCAAAUGUUUUAUGGAAAAGUCGGCAAGCAGCCAACUUGCUUCCAUUCCAAAACUGAAAUUAACUAGGCCUGUGCAUUCCAGUGCCGAUGUUCCACCUCCAAAAAUCAGACUGAAACCUCAUCGAAUAAAUGAUGGUCAGAGUGUUUCCAUUUAUAAAGCAGAACUUAUUGAUGAGAUAAAUGUCCUUCAGAGUAGCAGGGAGUCCAAUCCUGCUGCAUUUUACACUGAUGAAUCUGCAGAUAGAAGUUUAGCAGAGAUGUCUUCUGGGAGUUCAGGUGAAGAUGAUGACUUCAAAAGAUUUCCCCAAGGUAAAGAUGGACAUGAUAACUUGGCUUUUCUUAUGAAUUAUCGUAAAAGGAAGGCAGAUUCUUCUAGUUUAUCAGUGUGUAGCAAUGACAGUCUAGAUGAAUCCAAAUCCUCUAGUUCAGAAGUAACAUCACCAGAAAUGUGUGACUUUUUACCUGGUGAUGAUGCAUCUGUUUCUUCAUCUUCAAAAGAUGAGCGUAAAAUUGUGCCACCAUUAACAUUUAGACUACAUACACAGAGUGUCUCUAAAUGUGUCACUGAAGAUGGAAGAACUGUUUCAGUGGGGGAUAUUGUUUGGGGUAAAAUUCAUGGUUUUCCAUGGUGGCCGGCACGUGUUCUUGACAUAAACCUUAGCCAGAAGGAAAAUGGAGAACCUUCCUGGCGAGAAGCUAAAGUAUCAUGGUUUGGUUCUCCAACAACCUCAUUCUUAUCUGUUUCAAAACUCUCUCCUUUCUCUGAAUCUUUCAAACUGAGAUUUAAUCGUAAGAAGAAAGGGAUGUAUCGGAAAGCUAUAACAGAAGCUGCAAAGGCAGUAGAGCAUCUGACCCCAGAAAUAAGAGAUCUCUUAACACAGUUUGAAACAUAACUUUGCCUCCAAUACCAGGUAACAGAAGAUAAGAGCACAGCUGUUCUCCUAGAGUUUCAUGAAGUCUGUAAACAUCCUGACAUGCUCCCCAGGAGAAUCUUGAGGUUGCCAUGCGGAUGACAGCAGGAUGAGUUUCCUUGUCAGAUUGCACUGCUUAUCUGUGAAGGGUGACGGGCACCUGGACUGGAGUUAAGAGACUCUUCUGGUGCCAGGCUGACAGGAAAGUCUUAAGGAUAUCUAACCGAAAAGAAGGGAAUUGACAAAUAAAGCAGUGAACUAGGAGAACAGUGAAUACCACAACUUGGAAUGUAUUUAUUACUUAAAACUAGCUUCUCUUGAUAAAAUCCCAAAAAUUAUUGCUGCUGCUUAUUUUACUUACAGAUUUCACACACUUGUUAAUUUUAAAGCUACAAAACUUUUACUAUAUACUGUAUUCUAAAAAAUGUAAAUGGAGCAGGACAUGCAAUAGAAUGAAAUCAGUGUAGUGUCUUAAGUACAAUGGACUCACUUUUUUGUGUCAAUUAAAACUUGGAAAAUGUGCAACACAAUUAUGUGGCCAUUAUUGUGCACACUUUAAAGCUUUUCAAAGAUGUUUACUGCAGAGCUGAGAUAAUCAGUUAAGAACACUAUGAUUUCAAGCACAUAAACAAGCGAUCAACUAGUAAUUCAGAUUGUGAGGUAUUCUAAAUUAAUCUAUGCUUCUUCCAGUCAUCUCUACCCAUAUCCUGUACAUCCUAGAUACAUUCAUCCUAAAUGCACUGAGGUGGAUAUUAACCUAUUGCAGUUCAUUAAUUAACUUAAUCUUGCAUUCAGACUUUUUUUCUGUUCAACCAGUGUAGCUUGUGGCCCAUUGAGAAUACAUGCUGAUUGAUAGGGAAAGGAUUUUUCCGCACUUAACAUUGCAGAUAGUUACUAAUGCUCUUUUUGAAAUGUUUACAACAUUAAAGAAUGAAAGCCAAUUUAAAAACAAACUGAAUUACACUGAAGUUGGGAGGUUUUCAGUAUUACUUUAAAAAUAGCUUGGAUCUUCCUUUUGUGUAACUUAAAAAAACCCCAAUAGCUUCAGUAUCUAGUGACAUAUAUCUGUGAUACUCAUUUUAGUAAUGGGGAGGAGAGUUCAAAAUUGCCUAAUACAGUUAACGUGGCUUGUAUGUACUAGAAUGAAACUAAGUGAAGUGUCAUUACAACAUAUGCUAUUUUGUUUUUUUCCUAAAACCUUAAUCCAUGUCCCCUUACCAAAAAUAAAAAAAUACAGUUAAGUUUGCUAACCCAGAAAUAUUAGUGGAAAGAGACAAAUAAAAGCUCAUGGUUUUUUUGGCUCCCAUUGAUUCUUUAAAAAUGUGAUGUUUCCAAUGUCCAAUAUUAAAGGGGCUAAAUUUUAAAACCUUUUCAAAAAGAAAUCCAUUGUACAUAAACAAUCUGAGCACCACAGAUAUAGUGAAGUAGACACACACGUCUGAAAAUGUAAAAAGUUAGUUUUACUUUUAUAUAUGCUGUUACUCUGAAUUUCACUUAUUCAGACAAUGAAAGUGAACUAGUCAUCUGUACUAGUGUGGUCAGUUUCUAAUUUAACUUAUUUAAUUCUAAUUUAGCCCACAAAAGCUUAUGCUGAAAUAGAUUUGUUAGUCUCUAAGGUGCCACAAGUGCUCCUGUUCUUUUUAAUUUAACUAUGUUUCCUGUAACCAAAUACUGUUUUGUAAGAGAGUGGCAGGUGGUUGGUUGGUUUAUUAAGGAAAGUAUGUGGUUUUUUUAAUUGUUUUUAAAAACUUCAGCUAGAUUUAAAUAUGAUGCCAAGAGUCAGUUUUUUUCCAAACUGAAAUCAGUAAGUCAUUUAUAGGCACAAAUUCUUAGUGAUAAAAAAUGUAGUAAAGAAUAACUUAAAGUAGCAUUGAUUUUAAACAGAGAUGUUUUAAUGGGUAAAUAGCUAAGUGCAGAUCUUUUCAAACUAUUUUAGAUUACUCUCUCAAUGUGUCCCAACCUCCUUUGGUUUGGAAUUCUAGUACUUGUUUCAUCCACAGAUGAUUACACUAGGUGCAAAUUUAUGGGAUUGGCUUUUACAAAGCUAGAAUCGCCUAUAGCAAAGAGGGUGGGGUAUAGGUGAGAGAUCAAAGCUGCUUCCUCUUACCUUAUUUUUUUAAUUUUUGAACAGAGACACUGUGUAUAUUUUUGCUGAGAUUAUAAAAUACUUAAUAUUCCAAAGAAAUUUUCCCCAACAAACUGUUGUGACCAUGAGCCAUAGAAUUUUAAUAUGCAAACUAAGAUGCAACACUGAACAGAAACUCUUGCAAGGUCCAAUUCCGGCUACCCCAAAAUGAUGCAAGAGAAUAGCUGAGUAUGAAGAAAGGAAAGUGUUUCUGCACAUUGUAUAACUGCAUGUCAAAGCAGUUAUGCUUGUCUGUUUAUUUAACGUCCCCAUCUUGGGAGAUGAGGUAGGCUGCAUGGCUUCUAGGUUAAACACCCUUCUCUUCCCCUUGCCCUUUUCUUCUUCACAGCCUUGUGUGCGUGGAGUUUUCCAGCAUUUUCUAGCGCUGCGUUUAAGGCGGGCUUUGUGUAGUGGUCGUGUACUGUCUGCUCACACAGUUCCUCUUGAUCCUAUUGCACGCCAUCCAGAAUGUGGUAUAAAGCUUUUGGGCUGUAGCAUUGCAGCAGUUAACUAUAGGGAAGUUUUAAAAUAACAUUUUUAUGAACAGACAAGUUCCAAUGAAAUGUCUUUUCCAGUCUGUUAAGGGCUGUUUCUACCUGCCUUUCUGGACAUGUAAAGGGAGCACUUGCUUGCUAUGAGUGAUGCCAAGAAUAGGUGAGUAAUUUCUUGCUGUCUGCAAAACUUCUCAUGAAAACACAUGAGACCAGAAAUACACAGGUAGAAGCAUGCUAACUAAGGCUGGUACUACUUUCAUAGAUUUCACUCAAAAUGUGGUUCCCUGCCCCUCCCCUCCCCCAGCAGAUAGUCAGUCUCCACUGGGGGCCGGGGGGAGUGAUACUUAAACCAGUAUUUUGCUUUGGAUUUGUGAUAGUGCUCUGUAUGAAUACAGAGAACCUGAAAUAGCCAAAAGUUAGAGAAGUGAUUUAAGAUAAAUGUAGUAUCUGUUCUUCCUCAACAUCUGAAAUGGUCCCCUGAGUAGAGGGCCUAAAUUAAGUAGAAUUUUGAAAUUGCGACGUGGAGUAGGAGCCUGCUCUAUUUUCCUGCUCCCCUUUCCCUCCCCUCCCCCCCAUGCAAUAACCUAGCAUUGCAAUGCAUCUCCAGGAACAGCAUGUGUGCACACUCCCUCCCAAAAAGCCUGAUGUGUGCACCGUUUAAUGGUAUCUUCUGCCUGGCCUGGAUAAGGCACCAAUCUUCACACAGAGUUGAGUGCAUGUGACUUACAGUGCGCUUCUGAAAUUGUUGGGCCACUUUUAAAUUAAGAUGGCCUUGUAGCAUUCCCAUUUCCUUCUGUAAAUAAAGGCAGAUGUAAUUAGCAGUCCUUCCAAUCUCCUAGUAAAUCCUCAGUAUUGGUUCCCGCUCCAAGUGGAUGGCUUGGUUUCUUACUGUCAUCCUCCAUGUGCCACACGUGAAGGGCUCUAUCUCUUUGAUUUUUGCCUAUUGUAGCUUUUGCCCAUGUGACAUUAAAGAGGUAGCCUGGCAUACACCUACAACAAUACAAAUGCUCCAUGAAUAAAGCAGAGCAGGUGAAAGCUCAACAUUGUGCAUGACGGUGCUUGAAUUUUGCAACUUUAUAUUGAAUUUAGCCAUAAAGUGUUUCCACACACAUACAAAAAAACAACAACCCAACCCCUGGAAAGUUGUGGUUAGAGUUGCAUGACUACAUCAAGCAGAAAAGUCAUUUCAUUUGCCAAAUGCACAGUUCCAGGAAGCAGAGCUUGAUGUUUUUAAACCUUUCAAGGCUUGCUACAGUGAUACUAGAAGAGGAUCAGAGGUAUUCUAGCAUACCAGCUUUUGCAAACAAUAUUCCAGCCAAAGCUCAACUUGGAAUCUACAUGUGGGAAACUGAAGAAGCUGGCUCAGUUGGCCUGACUAAAAAGAUCCAUCCUGCAAUUUCCAUGCAGCCUGAUGGUAAAAUCUAGUGCAAGAUUUACCAGAUUUGGAAAUUUUUUUCUUUUUUGCCAGCCCGCUGUGCAAGUAUUGAAUAAUGCUGUUCACAGUAGGCUAAGUGACAGAUGCAGAAGAAUAAACCUAGAGAAUGAACCUCUCUCUAUGAUGCAGAAGUGAAAUUUAUUCACCUCAACAAAAAUUUUCCUGCAACAGAAGUACUGAGCACUUUAAAAUUCAUUGAAAUUUGUUUAAAAUAAUAUGUAGCUUAG